CUUAUUAAAUAGAUGUAAUGUUCUUUAUCGUGAUCAAUUGAAUUUUCCAACAUAACUUUAUGGCAAAUAUAGAAUACGAAACCAAUUUGAAGCCACUUUCAAACAACUUUGAGAAAAAGGAGACGAGCAAACCAGUUCCUAACCAUAAAGGAGCACCUACAGAUGAUGUUUUUGAGAACCAGAGAGAUUCUCUGGUUCAGACUUUUCAAGGGUGGUCCGAUCACCAGCAAGUUGACUUCGUUCAAACACUACUGCAAUGCAUGAAUCAAAUCCAACAUGGCCAAAUAGACCAGCACCUUCAGCCUUUAUUACAACGGGAUUUUAUUUCCGCCUUGCCAGCAAGAGGUUUGCACCAAAUUGCAGAAAACAUAUUGGCAUAUCUUGACUCUCAUUCCCUGGCCAAAGCGGAAGUCGUCUGCCGGGAAUGGCAGCGGGUGAUAGCAGACGGGAUGCUAUGGCGGAAGCUAAUCGAGCGCAAUGUGCGCAUGCACCCCCUAUGGAGAGGACUAGCGAACAGGAGGAGAUGGGUGACGGCACUGUUCAAGCACUCUCCAGACAGUGGCCGGACUCACCAUCAUUACAGAAUACUCUAUCCUACUAUCAUCAGAGAUAUCAGAAACAUAGAGGAGAACUGGAAGUAUGGCUACUACAAGUCAAAGAAGAUCUCGUGUCGCAGUGAACAGAGCAAAGGCGUGUACUGUCUGCAGUACGAUGACGAGAAGAUAGUGAGUGGGCUGAGGGAUAACACUAUCAAGGUGUGGCAGAGGGCAAACCUCGAGUGCACCAGGGUGCUACAAGGACACACGGGGUCGGUGCUGUGCUUGCAAUAUGACGACCAGGUGAUUAUAACCGGCUCUUCUGACUCGACUGUGCGUGUGUGGGACGUACACAGUGGCGAGCUGGUCAACACCCUUAUACACCACUGCGAGGCAGUGCUCCACCUCCGCUUCGACGACGGAAUGAUGGUCACAUGCUCAAAGGACCGUUCGAUCGCAGUUUGGGACAUGGUGAACCCUGGAGAGAUCAACAUCAGACGAGUGCUGGUGGGGCACAGGGCAGCUGUAAAUGUGGUUGACUUCGACCAGAGGUACAUCGUAUCCGCCUCCGGAGACAGAACAAUCAAGGUGUGGGCCACCUCUACCUGUGAGUUUGUGCGCACGCUCAAUGGCCACAAAAGAGGCAUCGCCUGUCUGCAGUACCGGGACAACCUAGUGGUGUCGGGAUCCUCGGACAACGACAUCCGACUGUGGGACAUAGAGAACGGCGCCUGCAUUCGCACUCUGAGUGGCCACGAAGAACUAGUGAGAUGUAUCCGAUUCGACAACUACAGAAUCGUAUCCGGUGCUUACGACGGUAAAAUCAAAGUGUGGGACCUGAAGGCUGCGUUAGACCCCAGAGUACCCUUAAGCGAACUGUGUCUACAGACUCUAGAGCAACACACCGGUCGUGUAUUCCGUCUGCAAUUUGACGAAUUCCAAAUCGUGAGCAGUUCUCACGACGACACCAUCAUCAUUUGGGACUUUUUAGACGGGCGGACGGACGAAAACAGCCAGCAGACAUCUCAGCAUAAUACAACAGCACCUCUCGCGACUAAUACUUUCGUUCCUAAUGCCCCUGCCAGCACCACGAGUAACAGCUCGCCGAAUUCUUCAGCAUUGACGGCCACGCCCAACAACGCCGCGAACCAAAGUGGGUCGACCUCAACCUCGGGAACACACUUGCCCCCGAGGCCGCCGAGCUUGACCGGAUCGCUGUCACCACCGCUUUCCCCAAAUCAUGACAUGACGACAUGACGAUACCAGCUCGAGGGUCUAUGGUUACAGCAAGACCACCUGAUAUAAGUUAUGAAUUACUCCACUUACCCAUUCGAACUGUUUCUAAGCAAUCGUAAACCACGAACAAUUCAGCUGUUCUUCUUAUCUCAACAGUUUAAAUUUCAACAGCAGAAAUUUCGGUUCAUCUUUUCUCGUAACUGACGUGUAAAAUUGCGAGUUUUUAUUCACAGAGACAAAUGUGUUCCUCUUCACGUUUUACUAGUUUUAACGAUACGAUCACUAAUUUUUGUUGCAUUUGAACUGAUGGUUUCAAAAUACUCCCGUGCGAAUCGAAUAUUUUUCUGGAUUUACUUUGCACUACAUUUGUAGCAACCGACCGGCAAAAACGAUGUGUGGCUGUUAAUCGUGUAAAUGGUGGCUCUUUUUACCUGAAAAGUGAUCAUUGAUAACUUGCUUUUCGACCUCACGCAUACUUCAGUUAUUCAACGUACUACGGGUCAAAUAACCCUACCGAGCCAACUCUCUGCAACUUUCUUGUUGUUUUUAUCAGUUUUUGAGCUAUAAGUUAAUGUAAAUGUUAUAGUAAAUGCAAUCUAUAUGAAGUUAUCGAUGAGUGUUAAAUGGUUUAUUUCAAUAAACUUUUUUUGUUUUUA